UUCCGGCUUUCAUAGGUGUUACUCGCUGCCAGCACUUGCCCCUACAGUCUGUUAAAGGUUAUAUGGGAGGAUCUUGUCUCUACGUGUCUCCGACUGCCCGUGUCUCUUCAGUCUCACCGCGUCUGUCUUCGAGCCUAACCGUGUCUCUUGAGCGUCCCGAGUCUCAGUGUUUCGGUGUUAAUUUGUGUCUCCGUGUGUCUCUCAGUGUCGCGUUUUGAGUCUCCCCUAGUCAGGACGUGGUGCUGGCCACCCACCCCUCUCGUGCCGGCCUUCAUAGGCGGCGCUCGCUAACAUCAAUUGCCCCAACAGUCUGUUAAGGCUAUCCGAGUGCCCGUGCACUCCUUUUAGUGUCUCCAACUCGGUCUCCCAGGUGUCUCCUCGUCUUUUUGCCUUCCCGUGCCCAUGUGUCCCUGAGUCUCCCGUCUCUCGGACGCUCAAGGAUCCCCCCCCCUUUCCCACCAAGACUCUGGCGGAGUCGGCCGCAUCUCGUGUCUACCUAUCUCUCUCUCUGUGCCACCCACCCCGCCGAGUAUCUCCUGCCCGCGUUGCCGGGUCGCGAUGUCUCCAUCCUGGGAAAAGGAAGUGAAAGCACUGCAGAAGGACAAGGCAAAAGCUCAGAAGGCCAAUAACCUUCGAGAGGAGGCUACCAUCUGCAAUCUGAUUGGGGAUUUGCUGGCCAGCCAUGGACAUUACAAGGAGGCCAUCGAAGAGCACCAACAGGAACUGCAGCUCUCCGAAGCUCUUAAUGAUGUUAUCGGGACAGCUGUCGCCAACCGCAAGAUCGGCGAAAGUUGGGCAAUGUUGGAAAACUAUAGCCGAGCCCUAAAGCACCAGCAAAAGCACCUGGAACUGUCUCGCUCGAUGGGAAACAGGGUAGAGGAACAGCGAGCCUUGGCCACCAUCGGGCGCACCUACCUUUUCUACUGUGACACGGAUCCUGAGAAUACUGAAGCUCUACAGAAAGCUGAGGAGGCCUUCCUAGCGAGCUUGAAAAUUGUGGAUCAGCAACUUGAAGUUGAAUUGCCAUGGAAGGAGCUGAAUGAGAUGAGGGCACGGCUCUUCCUCAACCUCGGCUUGGUGUACGACCACCGUCAAGAUGCUGCCCGCAGUCAGAAAUUCUUUCGCAAGAGCAUCUUCUUGGCAGAGAAGAACAACCUCACGGAGGACUUAUACCGUGCUAACUUCAUCCUGGGGAACCUGCACUUCCGCGGCAACGAGCUCUCAAGGGCACUGCGCCACUUGGAAGCGGCGCGUGACUGGGCUCAGCGCGCACGCAACCGCAGCAUGGAGACCGAAGCCUACGCUGCUAUUGGGCAGAUCAUGUUGCAUCUGGGAGACUUCGUGGCGGCCAAGCGCUCGCUACGGAAGGCCUACAAGCUGGGCCCUAUGCAGUCUCCCGAUUAUGCCAAGCUGGUGCAGAAUCUCAAAACCGCGAUAAAGGGGAUCCACCUUGAGGAGGGCUUGUCGGAGCUGCCGGAGAGUGACCUCUUGGGCAACAUGCAGCUGUGUGAACAACUGGGCGACCUCUACAGCAAGAUCCCCAACUACCUCAAAGCCCUCGCGUGCUACACCAAUCAGCUGGAGUACGCGGAGAGAUUGGAGAAGCCCGCGUGUGAGCGAGCUGUCAUCCACGUGUCCUUGGCGACGACUUACGUCGACUUGAAGGAGUUCUCCCAGGCCGAGCAGCACUUCCUGCAAGAGCUGCAGCUGCGCGGGGGCAACGCCCAGGAGGAGUGUGAGACCUGGCUGAACAUCGCUAAUGUCCGGGAAGAGAUGGGUCGGUCGUUUGCCGACGUGGCUGCAUGCUACCACUCUGCCUUGAAUUCGGCCAAAAAGGAUGGCCUUCGCAAGCUGCAGGUGAAGGUGUUGAAGCUGCUGCUGGCGGCACAAGAGAAGUUUGGCAGCGACGAGAGCGGAGCAGCGGGAGCAGCGGCGGCAGCAGCAGCCGAGCUGCGCCAGCUGGGGGAAGGGCACGGCGACGCCGCGGCCUCGGAGAGCGACGCCGACAGCGACUCGGCGGAGGAGGCCGAAAACUCGGAGCCGAUUGCCGAGAGCGACGUGGACCUCUCCGAGUCGGAAGAAGAAGAGGACUUGGAGGGAUAUGAUAAGGUGGUGUCUGGCAAGCGCAAAUCUGCCCAGUGGAAUAAACGCAACGAGAAAGGGGAGACUGCACUGCACCGAGCCUGUAUUGAGGGUAACCUCAGGCUUGUGAAAAUCCUCAUUGAGAAGGGUCACCCUCCAAACCCCAGAGACUACUGUGGCUGGCUGCCUCUUCACGAAGCGUGCAACCACAACCACCAAGACAUAGUGGAGUAUCUGCUUGAUCAUGGCGCACUGAUCAGUGAUCCCGGAGGACCCAAAUGCGACGGCAUCACGCCACUGCACGACGCCAUCGUAGCCGGAAACUUCGGCAUCGCAAAGCUGCUCGUGCAGCGCGGUGCCUCCGUCACCGUCAAGAACAAAGCGGGCGGCACGCCGUUGGAUUCCCUGCGCGAGUGGUGCAAGGAGUACGGGCGACACUUGGAUCGGGAGACCCGCGACACUUGCCGGGAUAUGGACCGCUUGCUGACCGACGCGGCCAGGAGAGCAAGCACCGCGGCGCAGCCCGCUGCCGUUUGGGGUGGCCUCGGCGAUUCUCUGUUCGACACGGAGGAGGAGCAGGAGGAGCUCCCCGCGGCUCAGCGUCGUCAGGAGAGAGCACCCAAAGCACGGAAGGCAGGAGCAGACGGCCGCAGCGCUGGCCUUCCCUUGCACGCUGCUCCCGAAUUCUCCAAACCAGCCCCGAAUCAUCCUAGGACUCAUCACAGAUCAAGGUCGCGGAGUGGCGACAACUUGCGGCGGUCACUUAGAGGCACGAACCUACGCAACGGAGGAGACGGUGACGAGCUCUCGGCCACCGACAGCGAGGAUGGUGACGACAAGGUGGCGGUGCCGCCGGCGUUUCGGGAGGAAGCGCGAAGCGUGGACGCGCCUAAAUGUGGAGCGUCUGCGUACCGUGAGGCAAUCAGGGAUCUGGGCAGCACCAGGAACCGGCUGCUCAUGGGACAUCCCGCGGCGAGCUCCACGCAGUACGGCGACACAGUUCCGACGGCGGCGUCUCCCAGCCCGGCGCUCAUCGCGGCCGAGCGUUACGUGUCGGACUCCGAGUGGCUGAUCGACGACCUGGGGCAACAGCAGCGGCCGCCGCACAAGCGGGCGCGCACCGAGCCGCCCUUGUGCCGCGGGGGCGGCGGCGGGGGCCGGAGUCCCCCGCGGAGCGCCGCUGGCGGCCUCGCCGGCGGUGGCGGCCGCCCCGGGAGCUCCGCCGCCAGGCCCCGGCAGAGCCGCAGGCCGCCCAGGCAGCAGCGUCUGACGCACCUGGUGGAGCGCAGAGUGGUGGGACGCACGCACAACCGGAUUCGUGAUGACUCUGACAGCGAGAGGUGCUCAUCUCCUGGAUCCGAAACGGAUCUCGCGUUCAACCGCGAGUUGACGUGCGAGGAGCGGCAGGCAGCCGGCACCUCGCUCGCACCCCACCCGCACCCGGCACCAGCACUGAUGGUUCAGUCCCAGGCAAUUCCGCCAUCCUACGUGGGAUGUACCAUGCCACCAAUGAGGAUACGUGUCAGAGUUCAGGACAAGGUUUUCCUCAUUCCCCUUCCUUACAGCGAGCAGUCAGUGCGUACAGUGGCGUGGCUCGCGGAGCAGGCGAGCACUCGCUACUACUCGGAGUCGGGGCUUAGGCCGCGGCUGCAGCUGAAGCAGGAGGGUGCCCAGCUCUCCACGGAGGAUCUCAUCACCAACACUCUGUUCAAUAACGAAGAGGUCCUAGCAGAUGUGCUAUCGUGGGACCUGCCGCCUCUCUCUGAACGAUACCGCAAGGCCUGCGACAGCCUCGGGCAGGCGGUAGACCAGCGGGUGCAGCGUGCGCUGGAAGCCCAGGACACGGAGGCACGGGGGGGCGCUUUCCGGCUGCCCCCGCUGGCGCUGGGCUUCGAGAAGCUGCUGCCAGUGCUCCGAGCCCUCAAGCUGCAGCCGUCCGUCCGGGAGCUCGCCCUGCGCUCGAACCGCGUGGGCGACGACCUGCUGUGCGAGCUGGCUGCCGCCGCGUCCACCUUACCCGCACUCGCCCGUCUCGACCUCUCCUCGAACGCCGUCACCCACGAGGGCCUGCGCCGGCUCGCGGAGGCCCUGGGCUCGCAGGAGGUCGUAGGAGGAGUGCUCGCGUUUCAGAGCCUGGAGGAGCUCGACCUGUCCCUGAACCCGCUGGGAGACGGGAGCUGCCAGCCACUCGCUGAGCUGCUCUCCUGUUGCCCCUCGCUCACCUCUCUCCGCCUGCAAGCGUGCGGCUUCACGGCGCACCUGGUGCAGCAUCACCGCGGCCUGCUGGAGAACGCGCUGCAUGGUGUGAAUCGACUCCGGAGCGUGGUGUUGUCCCACAACGCGCUGGGCUCGAGCGGCGUCGAUCUGUUCGUGCGGAGCGCGCCGAGCCAGCGCCUCGCUCGGCUCGAGGUGUCCGCCGUGACGGUCGGCCCCGGCGACCGUCUUGCCCUCGAUCCCAUCUGCAAGAUCCUUCACCAGGAGUCGUGUGCAUUAACUCACCUGGACAUCUCCUCCAACAACCUCAACGAUGCCUCGCUCCGGGAACUCAGUCGGACAUUGGUGCAGAACAAGUCUCUCACCUGGCUGGACCUGUCUGGAAACCCGGACGUCACCUGCUGCGGGCUCGACAUCCUCCUGGGAGCGUUACGUGAGCGUGCUAAGGGGCUCGAAUUCCUCAACCUCACCGGGUGCCACGUGGCCGGGCCGCUCGGGGGGCGUCUGCGAGAGCUGGACGAGGCCGCGGGCCUCCUGGGGGAGCUGCGCCUGUGCAGCGCGGCGCUGGGCAAGGACGACCGCGCGGAGCUGGCCAGGGCAUGGGAGUGCGGCACGCACGCCGGGGAGCGGCGGGUCUUCGACAGGCACGGGAGGCUCUUUUUGACUUCGACCGAGUCGCAGCGAUGAGAGGCCGACGAUCAUUACGGGCGGGGGGGGGGGGGGGGGGGGGGGGGGGGGGGGGGGGGCGACGGGUGCCGGAGUGUGUGCAAUAACAGCGGCGGGCGUGCGCACGUUGUCCUGAACCUCAAACGGCCUGAACGAUUCUCCGGUGUUGCAACGUGCAUCACCGAUGGGGGACCCAAAGCUCGUGUGGAACGAGCUUUUCCCGUUAGAUAUUCAGAAUCGGGCCCACGUGAAGAAUCGCCACAGAGUCCCAAGCGCAAGGCAUGGCCAGUUUGUAUGCUGUAGUAUUGAAAUUUGUCCCAAAUAGAUUGAAAAACCCCCUUCGCAUUACAGCGUUCACGUCGAAAAUAAUUUCACUCGUAUAUACCGAGCUGUUGUCGUGCAUCAUCCCGUUUGCUGUUUUGUUUUUGCAAAAAAUAAAGUACGCGGUUGAUUAGUCGGACUCGCACAUUUCAAAAUUGAAGGUAAUUUGGAUGCUGCCGUCAGCAGGACCUUUGCCAGAGUGCGUGUCCUCUCGUGCGUGGUUCUCGUUACUUUGGUAUCUUAUCGUAAUGGAAAUGUUUUUUUGUCCAUGUUUUAUUGUGAAUGUUUUUGUUCUGCCUGUAAAAUCACACCUCGUGCACGUAACAUUACUCUUGUUUCCAGCCUGCACCACACAUUGUCUCUUUGUCUUAACGAGUUUCUCGCCAUUUUUACAGAAAGUGUCGUGGAGUUGGUUUUGCCAUGUAGUCUAUACGUCACCGUAUUUUUAGAUGAGCAGUGUGUAUUUGACUCGCGCGUCAAGCGGCGGAUACAUUGACAAUUGCAUGAAUUUAUUAAAAACUAAUUUUAAAGCGUUACAAAUAGCUGCGAGAAAACUAAUCUAAAAUAAUUUGCAGGCUGUUCUUUCAAUGAACGUUAAUGAUUCCCCCCCCCCCCUCUCAAAUUGAAUCAGAUGAUCAGGAUUAAGCUAAGCUGUUAGGGUGACCAUUUAUCACUCGAUUAUCAGGAUGAAUGCUUUUUUUGUUGAUCGCUCGUAAUUGAAAUAAAAUAAGGAAAAGUAACCCUAUAUAAUCCACAAUCGCUAUUACCAGAUUAACACGGAAUUAACGUUUAGAAAAGUAUUGGCAAAGCGUGCUUUGCCAAUACUUUGGGCAUUCGAACUGGAUUGUGUAACUCAGUGUAAUACUUGUGGUUUAGUACUAUUUGUAAGUAAUUUUACGAGACUAUACUCACAUUCCUGUAUCUUAAAAUUUCCUCCAUUGCAUUGUGCUAAGGUAAUUACUGCUGAAUUAAAACAUGUAUAUUUGCUUUUGGUGUAAUAGUUCACUGUUACAGCAAUUACAUUGGCAUGACAUGCUACGUUUCAACAAUCGAAGGUAUGGCAUGUGCUGAAUUAUGUAAUUUUUUAAUAACAUUUUUCAAUUUCCUUUCCUUGGUACCUGCCACCACCUGAAAACAUUUGCAUCAGAGCCUGGCGUUUGCUUAAUUCGGACGACUGAUCAUAAUUUACGAGUGAAAUUAUCAAUGCACAUUGCCUGCUUUCAAGUUGGACAUUAAAAGAGCACGUGGAAUGUCAUUCCAAGAAUCGCAUCUGAACGAUACCUCGCAACUAAAUUAGUUAUAUGAAAAAAACAGUUUCCAUAUUCCAACAUGCUUUUUAGUAAUAAGCAGAUAGGAAUCCGUUCACUUUGAAGAAACUUUUAGUCACUGGCUUGUAGGCCCUCAGGACCCAAUGCUUUGCAGCAGAAAUUGCCAAAUUAUGUAGCAGACGUUAUAGGCUGCUGCAUCAAAAAACCUGGCCAAUCCAGCAGCAUUUAUUGAACAAACCUAACUGUUGAUGAGAAUCAGAAUAUAUACAAACUGACUAGAGUUUUCCCUGCUUAGGCAAAAUGCUGCUGAGACGUGUUGAUCUAGAAAGCAGAUUGUAAGGCCGUUGGACUAUAUUAUUUUCUGUGGAUAGAGUUCAUAAACAUUCUCACGUUCUCCCAAAAUUUGCACAAAUUAAGUUUUAUUAAUGGCUUUCUAGGUAUCCCUUUCUAAACUAAGAAUGUUAUUUGUUUUUGGGACGCUCACUGUGAAAUAAAGAACGUUGUUGCGUUCACUGUACAAU